CCGCGAGCGCGGCCGGAACGUUCCGGGCAGAAUAGUUCCGGGGAGCUCCCGGCAUCCCCCGCGCCGCUCUCAUUUGCAUAACCCCGCCCCUCGUGGGCGUGACCGGUCCCGCCAUGGCGGAGCGGGAGGAGCGCCGGUUCGUGGAGCUGCCCCGGGACUCGGUGCGGCUCAUGGCCGAGAGCGCCGGUGUCGAGCUCAGCGACGAGGUGGCGGCGCUGCUGGCCGAGGACGUGUGCUACCGGCUGCGGGAGGCCACGCAGAACAGCUCCCAGUUCCUCAAGCACACCCGGCGGCGCCGCCUCACCGUGGAGGAUUUCAACCGAGCCCUGCGCUGGAGCAACGUCGAGGCCGUGUGUGGCUGUGGCUCCCAGGACUCGCUCCCGUUCCGGCCCCUCCGGGACUCGGAUCUGUUUUUCCCCGAGGAUCGCGAGGUCAAUCUGCUGGAGCUGGCGCUGGCCACCAACAUCCCCAAGGGCUGCGCUGAGACCACCGUCAGAGUGCACGUGUCCUACCUGGAUGGCAAAGGGAACCUGGAGCCGCAGGGAGCAGUGCCCAGCGCCGUCUCCUCGCUCAGCGAUGACCUCCUCAAGUACUACCAACACGUCACCCGCGCCGUGCUGGGCGACGACCCCCAGCUGAUGAAGGUGGCUCUGCAGGAUCUCCAGAGCAACCCCAAGAUCGCGGCGCUGCUGCCCUACUUCGUCUACGUGGUCAGCGGGGUGAAAUCCGUCAGCCACGACCUGGAGCAGCUGAGCCGGCUGCUGCACCUGGCCCGGAGCCUGCUGCAGAACCCCUUCCUGUGCCUGGGCUCCUACGUGGGCAGCCUGAUGGGCUCGGUGCUCUACUGCGUGCUGGAGCCCCUGGCAGCCUCCAUCAACCCCCUGAACGACCACUGGACCCUGCGGGACUACGCGGCCAUGCUGCUGGGCCGCAUCUUCUGGAGCCACGGGGAGCUGGUCAGGGGCCUCUACCAGCAGAUCCUGCUCUCGCUCCAGAAGGUUCUGGCCGAUCCCGUGAGGCCGCUCUGCUCCCACUACGGGGCCGUGGUGGGGCUGCACGCGCUGGGCUGGAAGGCAGUGGAGCGGGUGCUGUACCCCCACCUCCCCACCUACUGGCCCAACCUCCAGGCCGUGCUGGACGAUUACUCCGUGUCCAACGCCCAGGUCAAGGCUGACGGUCACAAAGUCUACGGUGCCAUCCUGGUCGCCGUGGAGCGGCUGCUGAAGGCCAAGGCUCAGCAAGCUCCGGGAUUUGGGGGUCCCGAGGGGUCCCCCCGGCACAGCCCCCCCAGCCAGGACCCCUCCCCCGAGCUGGGCUUGGGCCGCCCGGUGUUACCGGGGGCCGGCACCGCCUCUUCCUCCUCCUCCUCCUCCUCGCCGCCGUCGCUGCGGGACAUGUACCGCGAGCUCUACGACUUCUUCGGCGACAGCCUCGCCGCCCGUUUCGGUACCGGCGCCCCCACCGACCCCCCGAGCCCUCCGGGAGCGGCCGAGGGUGCCCGCAAAGAGCCCCCGGCCGAAGGAGCCGCCCGUAAGAUGCCGCAGCUGACCAACGCCACGGUGAGCCCGAGGGACGAGGAGCCGCCCCCGGCACGGCCCCCGCUGCACCGAGCCCCGGGACCCCCGCCCCGGCCCCGCGGGACCCCCCGCACCCCCUCCACCCACCGGCCCGGCGCUCGGGACGUCUUCCAGAAAUGUCGCUUCGCCCCUCGGGGACCUCCCCGAUUCAGCUUCGUGAUCGCGGGCCGGCAGACCGGGCGGCGCUGCCCCGGUAGAAGGUUCCAGACGAGCUUCCCGCAGCCGCCCGGGGCCGCGCUCGGUUCCCGGUACGCGCAGCGGCUGCCGAUGAUCGGGAGAACCGCGCGGGCCCCGCGGCGCUGGCCCCGGGCCGAGUACUCGCUGCUGCUGCUGCUCUGAGCCCGAGGGGCUGCGACAGGGGCGGGGGGCGUGUGAAAUGGUCAGCGAGGGGAGGGGAGGGGUCAGUGAGUGGCAUGGGAUGGUCAUUAAAAGGGGUGUGGUCAUUAAAGGGUGUCCAGUAGAGAGGGUUUGGUGGUCAGUGCUUGGUGUGGGGUCAGUGGUGAGUGGUCAGUGCCCAGUGUAGGUCAGUGCAUGGCUCCAGUGGUCAGUUGAGUGGUCAGUGCUUGGUUGGGUCAUUGUUGAGUGGUCAGUUGAGUGGUCAGUGUGUGGCUCCAGUGGUCAGUGCUUGGUCUGGGUCAUUGUUGAGUGGUCAGUUGAGUGGUCAGUGUGUGGCUCCAGUGGUCAGUGCCCAGCCUGGGUCAGUGUUGAGUGGUCAGUGUCCGGUCUGGGGUCAGUGCGUGGCUCCAGUGGUCAGUGCCCAGUGUGGGUCAGUGCAUGCCAAAAUUGAGUGGUCAGUGCCUGGCCUGGGUCACUGUUGAGUGGUCAGUGCCCACUGGCAUCAGUGCAUGGCUCCAGUGCUCAGUUGAGUGGUCAGUGUGUGUCUCCAGUGGUCAGUUGAGUGGUCAGUGUGUGUCUCCAGUGGUCAGUUGAGUGGUCAGUCUGUGUCUCCAAUGGUCAGUUGAGUGGUCAGUGCAUAGCUUCAGUGGUCAGUGUUGAGUGGUCAGUGCCUGGUGUGGGGUCAAUGUUGAGUGGUCAGUGCAUGGCUCCACUGGUCAGUUGAGUGGUCAGUGCCUGGCCUGGGUCAGUGUUGAGUGGUCAGCUGAGUGGUCAGUGUGUGUCUCCAGUGGUCAGUUGAGUGGUCAGUCCAUGGCCCCAGUGGUCAGUGUGUGGCCCCAGUGGUCAGUGUUGAGUGGUCAGUGUGUGUAUCCAGUGGUCAGUGUUGAGUGGUCAGUGUGUGGCCCCAGUGGUCAGUUGAGUGGUCAGUGCCUGGCCUGGGUCAGUGCCCGGCCCCAGUGGUCACUCAGUGCUGCUCCCUACUCAAUAAAAUCUCAUUUUUCCA